ACUUCCACUCUGAGUCCCGCCCAUGCCGCUAACGUCAGAUGUGUCGUUCGCCAUUUUGGUGUGAAGGCAAUAUUGCUCCAAUAAGACUCCAAUAAUCGCGCCUGCUGCGCUAAAAUCGCGUUGUUGUUGAAGGAGGAGCGGUUUUAUUUUCAGUGUUUGUGCCUCGGGAAUCAUGUCGGAUAAUCCGGACACGGACACGGACACUCUGGAGCUGGAGUGUGAAGAGAAGCAGGAUUCUCCAGAAAAAGACUGUAACCCAAUACUGUCUGAAGAGGCCAAACUGAAGGCGAAAUAUCCGAACCUGGGACAAAAACCCGGCGGCUCGGACUUCCUGAUGAAGAGACUACAGAAAGGACAAAAAUACUUUGACUCGGGCGAUUAUAACAUGGCAAAGGCCAAGGUGAAGAGCAAACACGUGGUGCCGGCCGGAGCCGAUAAGAACCUGGUGACAGGAGACCAUAUUCCAACACCGCAGGACCUUCCUCAGAGGAAAACCACGCCACUCACCAGCAAACUGGCCGGAUAAACACACACACACACACACACACACACGCUCCUUAUGCACUCUCAAAUACACACAGAAAUAGCUGCAGAAACGAGUGCUAGUGUUUGUUCUCGGAGUAGUUGGUCUGAUGAGCGUUACUGUACAUCUAGACCUCUAGAGGAGAUCCAGACACUAAAGCUGCAGAUCAGAUCCGCUCCAACGCCACAUUCACUAGGGUUGGGUGGUAUGACGCCAGGAAUGACAAAACGUGAUAGAGUAAUGACAAUACGAAGCAGGGCGUGUCACAAACCGGUCCAGACGAGUCAGAGCUUGUGUUUGUCACACGACACAAAGCGGAGUUGUUGCUGGACAACAUCAGUGUUAAUAUACAAUUCAAAAUCUGAAUUUAGUGUGAACUGACAAAAAAAGGGUGUAGAAACAGUUUUACUCUAGUAAAUGUUACAAGUAAUUACAAAGAAAUAGCAGGUAACAGAACUGAACAAGAACACUUUACUAGAAAAUACUAUUUCAGUCUUUAAAAUGUAAUGUUUAGUUGUGUUAAUUGCUAUUUCUUUUAAUUAUUAGUGAAAUUAACUCACAAUUUCUGAGUGAAAAUAGCUUUGUUUAUCUACAACAUUUAUUUCAGUGUUUCAGUGUAGAAAGACUGAAAUAGUAUUUUCUUGUCAAAUUUAUUCCCAUAAUCUUCAUUUACAACUUCAACAUUUUUAUUUUAUUUUAUUUUAUUUUAUUUUUUUUUUUUUACAGUGUAUUGGUUUUGUUUUAUACUAAUAGUUACCUAACAAUAAAUCUUCUCAAGUAUUUGAAUAAAUUUAAACUUUUAUUUAGAAAAAACUAAAUUUCAUUUUUUUUUUUCAGUUCAAACUGACCAUUUUCAAAUGUAAGUUUUAUAUAUAAAUAUAUAUAUAUAUAUAUGUGACCCUGGACCACAAAAUCAGUAUAAUGUUGCAUGGAUUUACCAAAAAUACAUUGUAUGGGCCAAAUUUAUCGAUUUUUCUUUUAUGCCAAAAAUCAUUAGUAUAUUAAUUAAAGAUCAUGUUGCAUAUUGUGUAAAUUUCCCACCAUAAAUAUAUUUAACCUUAAUUUUUGAUUAGUAAUAUGCAUUGCUAAGAACUUCAUUUGGACAACUUUAAAGGUGAUUUUCUCAGUAUUUUGAUUUUUCUUCCACCAUUAGAUUCCAAAUUUUCAAAUAGCUGUAUCUCCAAAUAUUGCCCUAUCCUAACAAACCAUACAUCAAUGCAAAGCUUACUUAUUCAGCUUCCAGAUGAUGUAUAAAUCUUAAUUUCGAGAAAUUUACACUUAUGACUGGUUUUGUGGUCCAGGGACACACACACACACACACACACACACAUAUAUAUAUAUAUAUACAGUACUGUGCAAAAGUCUUAGGCCACUAGUAUUUUCAUCAGCUAAAAAUGGUUUAAAGUCAGGUAAAGUCGGUCUGUUGCUGUAGUGUGUCAGUAGGAAAUAUCAGUUUACAUUUCCAAACAUACAUUUUGCCAUUAAUUAUAAUAAUCCAGUGAGAUUUUUGUAUGGAGCACAGGCUGUUGUCAGACUCCUUGUGCAAACAUAGAUCUGAUCUCUCCAUCAUUCAAUCCAGUCUGUCUUAAGAAACAGAAAAAACAGAGACAGACUAAAUCCAGAAGAACUGUGGCAACAUCUGCUUUAAGAGACCUACACCUACAAAGCUACAGUGCUGUUAACAUUUUUAGGCAGUUAGGCACAUAAAAUGAGGAUGCUGUCAAAAACAAUGUCAUAAAUAGAUUUUCUUUAUCAAUGAACUUAUAUUAACUAAAAUAAAUAAGCAUUUGGUGCGACCAUCCUUUGUGUUUAAAGCAGCUUUUGCCCUGUGUGCACUUGUGCAGAGUUUUUCAGGUAGCUUUGCAGGUAGGUUACUUGAAACAUCUUGGAGAUGUUGAAACAGUUCUUCUGGAUUUAGUCUGUCUCAGUUUGUUCUGUUUCUUCAUGUCAUUCCAGGAAGACUGGAUGAUGAUGAGAUCAGAUCAGUGUGGAGCACUGGCUGUUGUCAGACUCCUUGUGCAAACAAAAAUCUCACUGGAUUAUUACAAUUAAUGGCAAACAGAAUGUUUGGAAAUGUAAACUGAUGUUUCCUACUGACACACUACAGCAAAAGAUAGAAAUAACUUACUUUAAACCAUUUUUUAGCCGGUGAAAAUACUAGUGGCCUAAAACUUUUGCACAGUACUGUAUAUAUACGCACCCACACACACACACACAAAGGUUGUUUUUUUUUUAAAGUAUUUAUUACUCUGAAUGAUGUUACUGUGAGCUAUAGUUACUCGUACUGUCAUGUAAGAUUUUGGUCAUAUCGCCCAUCCCUACUGGAUCACACACAUGCACGCAUGCUGAAAAUCACAUUUCACAGCUGAAGGAAUGAGAAUAACACACACUAACACGGGUUGUUGGUCUUGUUUUAGCUGCUAAACACACACCUGUAUGAGUAAGGCCACACUCGUGUAAAACACUAAAUAAUAAUGUCACUUUCUUCAUCAUCAUUUCUUCACUUCAGGACCGUCCUCUCCAGCAUCAUGUGCUUCAUGCAUCUUGUAUGUGUAUUUCUUGUUUAUAUCGCACAAAAACAUUUCAUGGGUCAAAUAAUAAUAAUUAAAUAUAAUAACAUAAUUAUUUCACAUAAUUACUUGUGUAAUUAUAUAAUUACAUCAUUACAGUUAUUUUUUGCAUAAAGUAAAUGGCUUGUUUUAGGACAAUAACUUUUUUUUUGUUUUUGCAAUUUUGCCAUUUGCAUGAUUUUUGUGACAAAUUACAAAAACAGAUUGACAAAAAAAAUAGUCUUAAAUGUGUUUAAAUAAACAAAAGUAUUUACAAAAAAAGUAAAGAAAAGGCAUUAAUAAGAGAACAUGAACUGAAUGAAAUGACAAAAUUCAGACUCUUAAUAGUCCUAAAUUGGGCUUCAUUUUCUGUAUGCAAAAUAUACUCAUUUGAUUUUGAGGUGACAUUUGAGGUUUUGUCUGCAGGAGGUCGUUCAGUGUGUGACUGCAGAAUGAUCUACACAUAUUAAUGUAUGUUACUGUACAGUAGACAGAGUGGCGUAUGGAGACACGUCUGUGAUGACGAUGAUGAUGAUAAAGAUGACGUCCUGAUGUCAUCAGAUGUACAGUGUGAAUGUGUGUUAAAUCCUGCAGCAAAGACUUUAUGGCAGUAUUUGAAAUAAAUUUUUAUAUUAAGUUAA